GCUGUGUCCCCGGCGGAAAAGGCGCUGCCGCGCUGCCCUGCUGGCCCGCGGGAGAAGCCUGCCGUGCUCGGGGCCGCGCCAUGGAGGAGGGCAGCGGCGUCCGCCUCUCGGCCGAGUGCCUGGACGAGCCGCCCAACAGCCGCGUCUUCGUGGUGCUGGGCAAGGACACCGGCGAGGCGCUGAUCCGGGAGCGCUUCUCCCCCUUCGGGGACAUUCAGAACAUCUGGCUCCUGCGGGACAGGCGAACCAACGAGUCCCGCGGCAUCGCCUUCAUCAAGUUCGCCCGCAGCUCGCAGGCUUGCCGGGCCAUGGAGGAGAUGCACGGCCGCAGCCUGCUCCCCGACACCAAGCCCAUCAAGGUAUUUAUUGCACAGUCAAGAGCUUCUGGAAGCCACCGAGAUGUCGAAGAUGAGGAGCUUACACGAAUCUUUGUUAUGAUACCGAAAACCUACACGGAGGAGGAUCUGCGAGAGAAGUUUAAGAUGUAUGGAGACAUUGAAUAUUGCAGCAUUAUUAAAAACAAGACUACUGGAGAAAGUAAAGGUUUGGGCUAUGUCAGGUACUUGAAACCAUCGCAAGCUGCCCGAGCAAUUGAAGAGUGUGAUAGAAGCUACAGGGCCAUUUUGGCUGAACCUAAAAAUAAGUCAUCUGAGUCUUUUGAACACGAUUAUUACAGUAAUAAUAUGAGGCAAGAUCUAAGAGGAAAUACACUUCCAUUUUGUAUGCAGCCAGAAUUUUGUAGCUUUGAAAAAACUGAGACCAGGAUUCAAGAACCAGUCUCCAAACGCCUGUCAGUGGUAUCACGGCUCCCCUUUAUUCAAGAGCAGCUGUUUGCCCUCUUUGAUUUAGUUCCAGGAUUGGAAUAUUGUGAUGUUCAGCGAGACCCUCAUACCAACAGUGGGUACGCUGUGAUUCAGUACAGCACUGCUGCCUCAGCUAUAUAUGCCAAGUACAAACUACACGGGUUUGAGUAUCCUCCUGGAAAUCGACUAACUGUCAUUUUCCUAGAAGAUGGGAAUGAUAGCUCAGACCUUAUCAGGAAAAUGGCAACACAGCUGGUAACAGCGCAGGUGUCGUCAGCGCUGCGCAGUAACAGCGCGAUCGUUCAGCAGUACAGGACGCCUCCUCAAGCAUUUGGAGGAACUUCUGGCCCACAAUUGCUGCAGCCCCAAACAGAUGCCAUACUUCCACCACCCAAAAAAAAAGUUCCACCUGACACUUCUGUGAAGGAAAGGCUUUUCAUACUUUUUCAUCCCCAUCCUUUACCCGUAAAUGUACUGGAGGAUGUGUUCUGUCGUUUUGGACAAUUGAUAAAUGUUUAUCUUGUUGCUGGAAAAAACGUGGGCUAUGCAAAAUUUGCAGACAGAGCAAGUGCCAGCGAGGCCAUAACUGCAUUGCAUGGCAAGAUUGUGAACGGGGUGAGGCUGAAAGUGAGGUUGGCAGACUCGCCCUCGGAGGAGCCCAACAAGCGCCAGAGAACUUACUGAGCAGCAUUAGGACUGUUGCCAAAGGAGAAUAUACUUGGGGGAGAAAAGGCUAAGCCCUGUUUUCUACAAAAUAACUCUAAAAUAUUACUAUAGCUUCCAGAUAUUUCCAGUACCAUACUAUCUUCUUAGGGUACAUGAAGUUUUGGUUUAACUAAUUCAGAAAAUACCACAUGACUGUCUUUGCAUCAGUGUUUUCCCUCUAAGCUUCACUCCUUGUACCUUUCUUUGUAUAGAUCCUUUGUGACCCAAGAGUUGCAAAGACCAAAAAAAGCUCUUGCCCGAAGUGUUCUUUUUCUCCUAAGGACCUCCAUGUUGCUCUUCUGAUAAGCAGCAGAUACUAAACCUGGCCUUAGUUUUUAUACACAACUUUUGUUUUAAAAACUUGGAUUUCUGGGCAUUCUUUUUUCUGCAUGGAAUUAUAGCUAAAACUAUAUAGAAACUUUCUUCUUAAUCAUCAGCUCUGGCGAUUGCAAUUUUAAGUAACUUGUACCCAUGCUCUUAUCUUUGUAAAAGUUUUCUUUGUUUAUAAUGUGACUUUUGCUCUCAGCAAUAAAAUCCCAGCCUCUGGGUCCCUACAGGAAUAACUGUGAAGUGCAAUACAAUACCAGGUCUGCCUUGUGUACUUUUUACUAGAGAAGUGUAAAUACUACAUGCAUCCCAAAUUAGAAAAAUUAUUUAUCCCUACUUUUUUUGUACACCAAAUUCCUGAUUCCUUGUCUCUUAGCAGGUUGUCUUGGCAUCUGUCUCUUUUCAGGAUAGACAGACAAUUACUUGUUCAUUUGUCCUUUGGUUGUUUCUCAAGUUCAAAUGAAGUGGUACCUAAAAGGGAAGAUUCCCUUUCAAAAGAGAAUCACUUACAUUUCCCAUGUAAGUGAUUUUACCACUGCCUGAUUUUGCACUGGAAUGACUGACAAGCUUUACAGUAAUUUGGAGGCUUGUAUUUUGCUUUCAGUUAAAGUGUUAAAUUGUGCAUGUGAAAGGAGGUGCAAUUCUCUCUACCUCUGAAAUAGUUGUGGAUUUUUUUUAAGAUUGAGAAUAUUAACUUUCUUCAUUGAAUUUUAGCUGUAGGAAAUAAUCUUUCUAGCCAAAACUUCUGUGAGUUUUCACUUAAGGAAAUCAUUGCCUCUUAAUAAAAUCCUUUCUAAAGUGCUGUUGUAUUGCUUGCCUUUUGUCUCUAACAAGGUGACUGGAUUUCUGAAAUAGUCUUUUCUAUACAAGGUUCUCUGAUUAAAAUCCAUUAUAAGACCUGUGAAUUCUAGAAUCUAUAUGAAAAUAAAUGUAAUUCAAUGGAAUAAUUAAGUAAAAUAUUAAUUUUUUUCAACACAUUUGAAGUUUUGCCCCAACACCUUUUUAUGUAAAUAAUCUUUUUAAAAUACAAUUUACAAAAUUGUUUCUUAAAAAAGGUUUUGUGGUAACAGUAUACUACUCAUAAUGCUUUUGCAAUGCAAACUUCUGACUCUAAGAACUUUCUUACCUUGCAACAAACUUUGUUUUAUCAGGCAAAUUUGAAUACAGGUCUAUUAAUAUUCUAAACUAAUCCACCUAAUGAGUUUUACAGGCUCUGGUUCUCCUAGAAGUCAAUGAGAAUUCAGUUGUUUAUGUGAGUAGUUAAAAGUAGCAGAGAAAAGAUGGAAGUACAGGCCAGUAAGGUUCUUUUAACCACUUUAAGUCCUAAUGUAAGUUUUUGGGGGGUGAGAUUAUCCCCUCUUAUGCUAAGUAAGUAUUAAUGGCUGAAAUAAUCACUUCAAACUAUCUUGCUUUAAAUCAGAUUAGGCUUGAGAAGACAAUGACACUGCAUACUUCUAGGCAGUUGCUAAAAGCAGACCUGUCUUAAUGAUCUUGCUCUUGACCAGCUUGUGCUCUCCACUCAGGGCUUUGCAUUAUUUUGAGUAUUUUGUGGAAACCUCACUGCAGUGUCUGAUGCCAGUUACACAAAUUGUGUCAUUCUAAAAUAGGAGAGGAAGGAAAGAAUUUGCUAUCUGUCAGAAGAAUGCAUUGUGAAAUACCAAUCAAUCAAUCUCUUCAUUGCUGCCUAGUAGUUCUGUUUAAAUACCAGCCCCGCCCUUGGAAAGAAAAAUGCAAACCACUAAAAACGAGAGCCACAAGCAAACAAAACAAAAAAGGCAAGCUCACCCCAAGCAUCUUUCACAAAGCAUUCAGAUAGUCCUUAGAAAGCAGAGCUUCUUGUGUUGGAAAUGCCAGACACAGCUACUUGGAGCUAGGUUCUGUGGCUUUUAAUGGUCAUUGCUGAUUGACUUCAACCCACAGCAAAUGGAUUCAUUGCAUUUUUUCCCUGAAAAAAGUUGGGUGUUUUAAAUAAUUAUUUAAUUACUUACUAAGUUGAAAAAAACACUUAUUCUGCCAUAAAAUACUUGGUUUUUAUUGUCUUGUUAUUCUUGUCUGGAAAAAGUCCACAUCACUGACUUGAUUUGCAUUCUUUUUUUUUAUUUAGACCUUUUUUAAAAUCCUGAUGUUGAUAUGUAUACAUUUUAAUGAUUUACUGCUCUGCAAAAAUGUUUUUAAAAAGUAAUUGUAUCAUAGUUGUGAUAUACUUUGAAAAAAUAGGUGUAUUUGUAUCAACAGUAUACUGCAGAAAAAAUGCUGGCUUUUACACAUUGCUCAGAGAAAGAGGCACUUCUUUAAAAGUUAGAGAAGUAUGCCUAAAACUUCAACAUUAUUCUUCUAAAGAUAUUGAAAGCCUUAUUUAUAUGCUGUUGUAAUGAUUAUAUUUUAUAGUAUGUCCUUUAAAAUAAAAAUAGGUAUGUUGCUUUUUGAUACUA